AUGACCAGAGGCCGCAAAAAGGACCUGACCAUCCCACCCUCGCGCUCACUCGACCACCAACGCGCCUACCGCGAUCGCAAAGCGAAAUAUGUUUCAGAUUUGGAAGAGAGAUGUAGGAAGGCGGAAGCUGAGAAUGAGGCGUUGAGGAGGGAGCUGCGCGCUUUGAAAGCUGGGAGAGGAGAGGAGGAGGAGACGCGAGAAGCGUGUGCGAACCUUAUGCGACAUUUAUUGCAGACGACGGAAUCGUUGGUGAAGUUCCAGGCGCUGGCUUUCGGUAACUCAUGCACAGCGACUCCUUCGUCGCCUGAACGAGAAAAUAUCAGACAGUCACAUAUCAGUACCUCCGCAUCAGAGCUAACUACUAUCGCCACAAUCCUAUCCCAACCGCUUAGGGAUCCACAUAUUCGGCCAGCCUUCACGUUUUCUCCAGCAUCCAGUACACACCACAAGUCCUCCUCUACAAAUGACCGCGUGACUCCUCCCAGCAUUCAUGGCUAUGUACCACCACCACUACCACAUCCAAUGCCACUUGUACCGGUGGCACUUCCGACCGUCUCCCCGUCGCCGAUACCAGGCCAUAGCAUCGUAUCUCAGCCAACGACUUCCCAGACUAGGAUGGACUAUGACUCGUACGAGUCGGAUACGGAGUCCGAGUGUUGUGGCGGCCUGAUGGACUGUCGCGGAUUGAUCGAGGAAGAUGAGGCUGCCGCUGGUGGUACUUUUGCGCAUACGGACUCGGAAAUGGGUGAGAGGGUCGAAGGCGGAAUGGCUACUGGUCUGGGUGUUGAUAUUGAUGCGCAUAGAGUAUCGAACGAUCGGUCCACCUUACAUCGAACAUAG